AUGACCCCCUUCACGUCUAAUUCUACUGGCGAGGAAGUCUGCAAAUAUUUAUCCUCUUACAUCAAGGCGAGCAAAGUCUUGAUAACUGGUGUUACUCCAGGAAGUAUAGGAGGUGAAGCAGCGAUUCAAAUCUCGCGACAUGCGCCGUCAUUGCUUGUCCUCGCAGGCCGCAACAUUCAGACCCUCCAGGAGCUUGACCAGAAAAUCAAGUUAGAUACACCCGGUGCUAGAACAAGGCUCCUGGUGGUUGAUCUCAGCUCUCAAGAAAGUGUUCGCAAGGCCGCUGAAGAGGUCAAAGCCUAUUCUGAGACUCUCGAUAUCAUGAUCAACAGUGCCGGUGUAAUGGCCACCCCAUACAGUGUCACUAAAGAAGGUUUGGAAAUGCAAUUUGGAACGAACCAUAUUGGUCAUUUUCUCUUCACAAACUUGGUUCUAGAGAACCUCAUAGAUCGAGGUGUUACAAAUGUUCGAGUGGUGAACGUUAGCAGUCUUGGGCAUAAGAGAGGGCCCGUUCGGUUUGAGGAUCCUGGAUUUGAGAAUGGAAAGUGCUAUGACAAGUGGCAGGCCUAUGGACAGAGCAAGACUGCCAAUAUGCUUUUUUCCGUAUCGUUGGCCAAAAAGCUUGGAGCAAAGGGUGUGCAGUCAUUCAGUCUUUACCCAGGACGAAUGGUUACCGGAAUUGUGAGGCAUCUAUCCAUGGAAGAUUGGCUCAAGGCUGGAUGGAAGCACCCAGAUGGUAGCAUGAAUAACGAUCCUAAGCUAAAAUGGAUAACCACAAGCCACGGCGCGGCUACACUGAUUGUAGCAGCAUAUACUCCAAGCAUUCCUAGUGAAAAUGGGUCAUACAUGGUCAACUGCAAGAUCAACAAUAGCGAGGCUGCGGAUUACGCCCUCGACCCACAAAAUGCAGAGAAACUGUGGAGACUUAGUGAGGAUCUUGUUGGCCAAGAAUUUCGCUAUUAA